GAAAGCCUCGCGCGCCCCCUCAUUACCCGCCGCCUCCAUAAAGAGGCCUUUGAAGGUGAGCGCACGGCUCUCGGCUGGAGCCUAAUUGAGCAUCUUCUGAGGAGAGGCCCUGCCGGACCCCAGCCCGGGUAUAAAAGUGCCGGCGCAGGAGCCAUCGCCACAGUCACAGGUCCUCCCUCCACCUCCGCUCAGCCCAGAACCAGAACCAGAACAGAACCCGACAGCAUGUCCUACAGCCUCAGCUCCCGGACCCUCUCCUCCCGCUCCCUGGGCGGCCGCCUGCGGUACCCGGCCUCCUCCUGCGGCUCUUUCUACCCUGGCAACACCUACCCUGGCAACACCUGCUCCGGCAAUGUCUACCCCGGCAAUACCUGCUCCGGCAACUUCUACCCCAGCAACGCCUGCUCUGGCAACAUCUACUCCGGCAACGUGGCCUACACCCAGGGCACCUGCCAGGAGGACUCCCCGCCCUACGGCUGCCAGGAGACCUGCUGGGAGCCCGCCGGCUACCAGGCGCCCUCCUACGGCCGCAGGUCCUCCUCGCUCCGCAGGUCCUACCAGGCCACCUGCCCGGGCUCCCUGGGCUGCGGCAGCACCGGCCUUGGGCCUUUCGGUUACGGAGGCUCCCAAGCCCAGUCCCCGGGCUGUGGGGCCGGCUACUGCCGUCCCACCUACUUCUCCUCGUCCAGGACCUACCAGGGCCCCUCUUUCCAGCCAGCCUGCGGCUCGGGCUGCUAUGGACAGACUUACUGACAGGCUCUGACCUCCGGGGACGCCUGCACCUGAGGAGCACCCUAGGACGUCCGGCCUCGGCCUCAGCUGGACCCGCC